AUGGCCGUCGCCGACGCGGCGCUGCCCUCGCCGCCGCCGCCGCCGCCGGCGCGGAUCGCCGUCGUGGUGCUGGCGCUCGUGCACUUCGCCCUCGCCCCGAUGCUGGCGCUCGGGCGCGUGCUCCGCGUCGCGGCGGGGGCCCUCCCCUACCUGGGCUGGGCCGUCGUGUGGAUUCUCUCCGCGGCCUCGGCUGCGAAGGUCGUGGUGCGCCGCGCCUGGGGCGAGGGCUCCGCCUCCUUCCUGUUCCUCCAGACGCUCACGUACGGAGGUUUCACGGUCUUGGCCUGCGGCUUCCUUGUCUUGCUCGCGCUUGGCGUCCUGCUGCUGUGCGGCCUGUGCGUGGGCUACGUCAUUGCAGCUGUACGUGGAUCCCGUCAUGAAUUCAAAGAGCGCGCCUUGGGAGCAAUCAAGCCGGACUCAGCUGCAGACUCGUUUAGUCUACCCCGCACUGCGGUGCUUGGACUCAUGGCAGAUGUUCCUUUCAUCCUGCUAGUUAUCGCUGGUCUUCUGUUAGCAGCGAUGUCGCAUAUGGAGGGAUCGGUAUCUCAGGGAGAAAUGGUUGGAUUUGUAAUCGUGGAUGUGGGGAUAUUUGCUAUGCACGCGAUAUCUUGCUCUGUUAUCAUUCCAGCUCUAGCACUUAGUGCCUGGAGGGAGGACCAGGCGGACAGGAAAGCACCAUCGCAGUUUUGUUGA